UGGCGGGAGACGGCUCGCUGGAUCAAAUUUGAGGAGGACGUGGAGGAGGAGACGGAGCGCUGGGGGAAGCCUCACGUCGCCUCUCUGUCGUUCCGCAGUCUCCUGGAGCUCCGGCGGACCCUGGCCCAUGGGGCUGUGCUCUUGGACCUGGACCAGCAGACCCUGCCUGGGGUGGCCCACCAGGUGGUGGAGCAGAUGGUCAUCUCUGACCAGAUCAAGGCCGAGGACAGAGCCAACGUGCUGCGGGCCCUGCUGCUGAAACACAGCCACCCGAGUGAUGAGAAGGACUUUUCCUUCCCCCGCAACAUCUCGGCCGGCUCCCUGGGCUCCCUGCUGGGCCAUCACCACGGCCAGGGGGCCGAGAGCGACCCUCAUGUCACUGAGCCCCUCAUUGGAGGAAUUCCCGAGACCCGGCUGGAUGUGGAACGAGAGCGCGAGCUGCCCCCCUCGGCCCCGCCGGCCGGCAUCACACGUUCCAAGUCCAAGCACGAGCUGAAGCUGCUGGAGAAGAUCCCGGAGAACGCCGAGGCCACGGUGGUCCUUGUGGGCUGCGUGGAGUUCCUCUCCCGCCCCACCAUGGCCUUCGUGCGGCUGCGGGAGGCUGUGGAACUGGAUGCUGUGCUGGAGGUGCCCGUGCCUGUGCGCUUCCUCUUCCUGCUGCUGGGCCCGAGCAGCGCCAACAUGGACUACCACGAGAUCGGCCGCUCCAUCUCCACCCUCAUGUCGGACAAGCAAUUCCACGAGGCGGCCUACCUGGCAGACGAGCGCGAGGACCUGCUGACCGCCAUCAACGCCUUCCUGGACUGCAGUGUGGUGCUGCCGCCCUCCGAAGUGCAGGGCGAGGAGCUGCUGCGCUCCGUCGCCCAUUUCCAGCGCCAGAUGCUCAAGAAGCGGGAGGAGCAGGGCCGGCUGCUGCCACCCGGGGCUGGGCUGGAGCCCAAGUCUGCCCAAGAUAAGGCGCUCCUGCAGAUGGUAGAGGCAGCAGGUGCAGCUGAAGAUGAUCCCCUGCGGCGGACUGGCCGGCCCUUCGGGGGCCUGAUCCGUGACGUGCGGCGCCGCUACCCACACUACCUGAGCGACUUCCGGGACGCGCUCGACCCCCAGUGUGUGGCUGCUGUCAUCUUCAUCUACUUUGCCGCCCUGUCUCCUGCCAUCACCUUUGGGGGGCUGCUGGGAGAGAAGACGCAGGACCUGAUAGGGGUGUCGGAGCUGAUCAUGUCCACGGCGCUGCAGGGUGUGAUCUUCUGCCUGCUGGGGGCUCAGCCACUGCUGGUGAUCGGCUUCUCCGGGCCUUUGCUGGUCUUCGAGGAGGCCUUCUUCACGUUCUGUAGCAGCAACCAGCUGGAGUACCUGGUGGGCCGCGUGUGGAUCGGCUUCUGGCUGGUGCUGCUGGCGCUGCUCAUGGUGGCCCUGGAGGGCAGCUUCCUGGUCCGCUUUGUCUCCCGCUUCACCCAGGAGAUCUUCGCCUUUCUCAUCUCCCUCAUCUUCAUCUACGAGACCUUCUACAAGCUGAUCAAGAUCUUCCAGGAACACCCGCUGCACGGCUGUUCCGUCUCCAACAGCUCAGAGACAGACAGCAGCGAGAACGCCACCUGGGCCGGGGCAGGAUCCACGCUGGGGCCGGCCAACAGGAGCUCAGCUGGACAGGCCGGGCAGGGGAGGCCCCGGGGCCAGCCCAACACAGCCCUGCUGUCGCUGGUGCUCAUGGCUGGCACCUUCUUCAUUGCCUUCUUCCUGCGCAAAUUCAAGAACAGCCGGUUCUUCCCUGGCCGGAUCCGGCGGGUGAUUGGGGACUUUGGGGUGCCCAUUGCAAUCCUCAUCAUGGUGCUUGUGGAUUACAGCAUUGAGGACACCUAUACCCAGAAACUGAGUGUCCCCAGUGGAUUCUCAGUGACAGCCCCUGACAAGCGGGGCUGGGUCAUCAACCCCCUGGGCGAGAAGAGCCCCUUCCCAGUGUGGAUGAUGGUUGCCAGCCUGCUGCCUGCCAUCCUAGUCUUCAUCCUCAUCUUCAUGGAGACGCAGAUCACCACGCUGAUCAUCUCCAAGAAGGAGCGCAUGCUGCAGAAGGGCUCCGGCUUCCACCUGGACUUGCUGCUCAUCGUGGCUAUGGGGGGCAUCUGUGCCCUCUUUGGCCUGCCCUGGUUGGCCGCUGCCACCGUGCGCUCUGUCACUCACGCCAAUGCACUCACCGUCAUGAGCAAGGCUGUGGCGCCCGGGGACAAGCCCAAGAUUCAGGAGGUCAAGGAGCAGCGGGUGACGGGGCUGCUGGUGGCCCUGCUUGUAGGCCUCUCCAUCGUUAUCGGGGACCUGCUCCGGCAGAUCCCCCUGGCCGUGCUCUUUGGAAUUUUCCUGUACAUGGGCGUCACAUCUCUUAAUGGGAUUCAGUUCUAUGAGCGGCUGCACCUGCUGCUCAUGCCGCCCAAGCACCACCCCGACGUCACUUACGUCAAGAAGACCAGGCUCUGGAAGCACUUAAGAAGGUUCGGACCCUGCGGAUGCACUUGUUCACGGCCCUGCAGCUGCUCUGCCUGGCCCUGCUCUGGGCUGUCAUGUCCACAGCUGCUUCCCUGGCCUUCCCCUUCAUCCUCAUCCUCACGGUGCCGCUCCGCAUGGUGGUGCUCACCCGCAUCUUCACUGAGCGAGAGAUGAAAUGCCUGGACGCUAAUGAGGCGGAACCCGGG